GUUAUUUGUUUUAGGGAAUACAGUAUCUAACUAAAUCAACAUGGCCGCCGAACCUUGAUUUGACAGAUGAAGUUUUGAUUCAGUUUGUCGCAUGUCAAGAAUUACUCAGUAACCAUGACUGGCAAUGAAGGAAAUGCACCAGGGUCUGGCCGGGUGAAAUCUGGAAAAUCAACCGCUCAUUCAUUUGUUAGGUUUGUGAAUAACACAAAGAGAAGAGUGGACAUUAUCUGGCUCAACUAUGAAGGUGCUCGAAUCAAAUAUCGGACAUUGCUGCCUCAGCAGUUUGUGGAUGUCAACACAUUUGUUGGACAUCCUUGGGUUUUCCGUGAUUCUGAAUCCGGUGAUCGCCUGGUGGUGCAGCUGAAGGAGAUAUAUGAACCAGUUGGCUGGACACAACAUGAUGGUUGGCCCCCGUGUAGAAAAGUUGUACAUAUUUCCAUUCCAGUGUACUCCCUAAAGGAAAGAUGUAUGCAGGUGGUUCGCAAGUAUGUUCCACGAGACCAAAUAUGUCAUCUUGAAGUGCCAACAACAUUGAAACUUGCUUUAAAAGAUACUGUUGUUAUUGGUUGAAAGAAAUGGUGCUACAUUUCAUCUGGUGCCAUACCAGAUCAGUUGGAGCAAGCGCCUUCAAGCAUGGUCAGUGUCUUGGUAGAAACCUCUACAAACUGUGUGUCCUGUGACCAUGGGAUACGUUAUGUAGAAGGGAAUUCUGGGAAAUGUUGUUCAGGGAGGAAAAUGUGGAAUAGAUUGUUUCUGAGAGGAAUCAUGGGAUUUGUUGUUUAGAAGAGAAUUGUGGAAUCGUUGUUUCAGAAAAGAAAAUCUGGAAUAAGUUGUUUCAGAAUGCAAUUUCAAGAUGUUUCAGAAAGCAGUCAUGCAUUGUGUUAGCAGGGAGUCUUUUCUCUGCAUACUUAUCGUUCGAAUUAGAAUUCCAAAGAAACAUAUUUAUUGGCAUUAAAUAACAUAUCUACUUGGAUACAUUUUCUUUUUUACAUUUACUUUGUAAGUAAGUUUGUCGAAGUAUGAAGAAACAUCCUAAUCAAAUGCUGUUGGAUGAAUAAAUCGGAAGCUAAUUUUUAAAGUAUUAUUUCACAUUCAGUAUUCAGUCAAAGUUAUUUGAUACAGGUUUUCACCAAGGGCAAUCUGUCUUUUUCUCAUUUUUUGGUCAGAAAACAAUCAUUGAGAAUAAGAUGUGUUCAUAUAUUAUAUGUUAAUGAUAAAUCAGGUCAUUCAGAAUUUGCAUAAUUCAAAUUCAUCUGAACAUGGGGACCAAGUAAAGCCGUAUCCAUGUAUUUCCAAGGAUGUGUUAUAACGACUUACCGUAACCUUUUAUGUUUAUCAAUAUGUCCCAGACCCAGCUGUGAAUGUGUUCACAAAGACAUGCUAGACAGUCACUGAAUAAACACGGUGUAUUGACUU